AUGUCCGUCACGGCGUGGACAACGCUGCUGCUGCUGCUCUGGGCUGUGCCCAUGUUCCAGAGUAGGAAGACAAAGGUGACUUCAGCCUACAAGGGGAUCGGAGAGCGGUGUAAACAGAGUUCUGAGUGUCAGAGCGAUUGCUGUGUCACCAACAGCAUGGACCCACAGAAAUUCUGCACCCCCCAGACCAUGUUCUUGCAAUGUGUGCCCUGGAAGAAGCCGAAUGGGCACCCCUGUGAAGAGCACCCAGAAUGCCAAAACAACUGCUGCGUCAGGACUGGCUACAGCUCAGACAGGUUCUGCUCAGCAAAGUCUAUCUUCUUGCAGUGUGUGUCUUGGCGCAAGCCAGAGGGAGACGUAUGCCAAACCCACUCAGAGUGCUGGAGCCUGUGCUGCCUCCCACUGAGAGAGACCAGCCCUUCCCACUGUACAAAGCGAACUGGGCUCCUAGCUCUCUGCCUGCCAGUGGUCGUGGUGACAGGAUGUGUUGUGUCCUCAUUGCAACAACCCUCACUGGACCCAGAUUCUCAAAGGGAUGCCCAACAGCAGGAGGUGUCAUGA